AUGGCGAAUCCAACAACAACAAAACCUCUAUUCACACUCUUAUUGUCUCUCCUGUUGGUGUCCUCAGCAUUCGCUAGCUCCGAUGUUCCCUUCAUCGUCGCUCACAAGAAAGCCACUCUCAGCAGACUCAAAUCUGGAGCUGAAAGCGUCUCCGUCUCCAUCGAUAUUUACAAUCAAGGAUCUUCGACUGCAUAUGAUAUAACUCUUGCUGAUGAGCACUGGCCUCAAGAUAUGUUUGAUGUUGUCAGUGGCAACACUUCACAGUCAUGGGAAAGACUUGAUGCUGGCGGUCUUCUGUCACACUCUUUUGAAUUGGAGGGCAAAGUGAAAGGACUGUUUUACGGUUCACCAGCAGUCAUUACAUUCCGUAUCCCCACAAAGGCUGUCCUACAGGAGGCAUAUUCAACUCCCAUUCUGCCACUUGAUGUCCUUGCAGACAAACCUCCGGUGCAGAAGUUGGAGUGGAAGCUGUUGGCUAAGUAUGGGUCUCUAAUUUCUGUGAUCUCCAUUGUGGUUCUGUUUGUGUACCUGCUCGUUACUCCAUCAAAAUCGAGUGCUGCAAAAGGAAGCAAGAAGAGACGUUAA